AGGGAGGGAGGGAGUGGUAGUGUCUCCUCCCUCCAUCAGUGAGACAAGAAGACCAUCACACAAGGACACCAGACUGAUGCUGUUGCCGUGGAAACAAGGACACGCAGAGAAAUUGAAAAACCUUGAUUCGGGCCUAUGAGUUUGUGGACGCGUGUGAAGGUUUAUGUGUGAAGUGUGUGUGUGUGUUGGGGGGCGCUUAUGAGUGUGUGUGCACUCUGGAGGGCAAGCGGCUGAUUGGAACCAUGAUGGGCAAAGACUACAUGUUGGCCAUCGUCAUUGUUAACAGUGACGACAACAUCUGGACGGACCAGAACCUUCUGCUUGACCCAGAUCUUCCCUCUGGCUGGAGGACCAUCAACGACUCCACGGGAACCUACUACUGGCACGUGCCCACUGGCGCCACCCAGUGGCAGCACCCUCGCUUGGAAGGGAAGCCAGCACUGCUUGAUGCACAGAAGGACGAACAAGGACCACCAGGCUUCAGUGCAGUCCCACCUGACACCAAUUGUAGGUCUCAAAGGUCUGACACCUCUGGUUGCUAUGGCAACGACUCACAGUGUUUCUCGGUGCGCUCGCUGGGCUGGCUGCAGGUGGAGGAGGACGACUUGUCGCCGGGCCGCAGCAGCCUGGCGGUGGGCAACGUCAUCCAGCAACUGUCCGACGGCGGCGAGCAGACGGAUGGGGUCUUGGGGGAGGGCCGCGAGAUGAAGCUGCUUCUGAAGUGGGACGCGCUAACUCUGGUGGACCCGAUAGACCGCACCCCCUUGUACCGCCAGCCAAUCGUCGACAUCCGCGUAUGGGGAGUGGGCAGCAACAACGGCAGGGACAGGGACUUUGCCUUUGUGGCGGCCGACAAGGAUAGCUGCGUCCUCAAGUGUCACGUGUUCCGCUGUGACGCGCCCGCCAAGGCCGUCGCCGCCGCGCUGCAUCGCGUGUGCUCGCAGACGAUGACCCGGCAGACGUCCCGCUCUCUCUCCAUGUACAGCGUCUCGCCCGAGGACCCGCCCCGACAAGUGGACUUCCUGGAGGCGGGGCUUCAGCGCGUCCACAAGUUUGACGUCCACUACGUUGGCAACCUGCCCGUGUCCCGCGGCAUGGGCAUGGAGGUGUUAAACUUGGCCAUCGAGAGCAUCAUGAACUGCACCCGCCGCCACGAGUGGGAGGCCACCGUCAUCCACGUGACCGACAACGUCCUGUCUGUCUUCAAGCAGCAGCAGCAGCAGCAGCAGCAGCAGGAAGGGGAGGAGCCAGUGUGGGCUUGCCAGGUGCGUUUCCUCAGCUUCCUGGGCGUCGGUCACGACAGUCGCACCUUCGCCAUCAUCGUGGACGGCGGCCGGCAGCGUUUCGAAUGUCACGUCUUCUGGUGCGAGCCGGACGCUGGCCCCUUGUCCGAGGCAGUCCGGGCGGCGUGCGUGGUUCAGUAUCAGAAAUGUUUGGUGGCUCAGACGCCGCCGCCCAGGAGGCGGCUUUGGCAUGCCACCGGACCCAAGGUCAAACGCGCCAACUCGGUGGAUGGCGCCACUUUCCAAAGCGGCGGCGGCGGCGGCAGCAGUGGCGGGGUGACGCCUAUGAAGGGAAAUGGUGGCUAUAGCGGCAGCGGUGUUCGCAGGGGCAUGAUGGCCUUCUUGGACACCUUCCGCAGCAAGCAUGCCGCCGCCUCCUAACAACGGAGGACGGUCGGUCCCUCAGGAGAGCUCGGCUUGGACUACCUGCUGACCGCCAACGCGUGGUCACGCGAUCACAGAUGUCUCCCGAAAAAAUAAAUUCGUGUUGAUCUGA